CUCAGCAGAGCAGCUAGGACUUCAGUAACCGGGGAUCAGCGCACCAGUUACUCGUCUUCACUUCUUCUCUCUUUCAUCUUCACCUCCACACAUCACGGAUCCCCCGCAGCCUCGCUCAGCAGCCCGCGAAAUGACUGAAACGGAAACAAGGAAUCAUCACGAUGGCAAGCAACAGAUCGGCGGUGCCAUGGCGGAGACCUCCUCGACGGUGGAGGAUGUUUUUGACGACACCUAUUCAGAGAAAGAGGGUCCAAAACCGCCGAGGAUGCUGGUGUGGAGAAAUAUCAUCCUGAUGUGUCUCCUUCAUUCCAGUGCCCUUUAUGGAUUUGUUCUCCUUCCUCUUGCAUCGGUUUCAACUCUUGCUUGGACUGCAGUGUGCUACCUCAUCAGUGCUCUCGGUGUGACUGCUGGCGCGCACAGACUAUGGAGCCACAGAUCCUACAAGGCCUCUUUCCCUCUGCGAGUCUUCCUCGCUCUCGCCAACUCCAUGGCCUUUCAGAAUGACAUCUACGAGUGGGCGAGGGACCAUCGGGUCCACCACAAGUACUCUGAGACGGACGCUGACCCUCACAAUGCCACGCGGGGGUUCUUCUUCGCCCACAUCGGUUGGCUGAUGGUUCGCAAACAUCCCGACGUCAUCGAGAAGGGCAAAAAACUGGAGCUGUCCGACCUGAAGGCAGAUACAGUGGUUAUGUUUCAGAGACGGCACUACAAGCUCUCCGUGGUGAUCCUUUGCUUCUUCGUGCCCACGUUUGUGCCCUGGUACUUCUGGGGUGAAUCCUUGGCGGUGGGAUACUUCGUCCCUGGACUCCUGAGAUACGCCGUGAUGCUCAAUGCCACCUGGCUGGUCAACAGCGCUGCACACAUCUGGGGCAACAGGCCUUAUGACCAGACCAUUAACCCGCGGGAAAACCGGCUGGUUGCUCUCAGUGCCAUAGGCGAAGGCUUCCACAACUACCACCACACAUUCCCCUUUGACUACGCCACCAGUGAGUUCGGCUGCAAGCUCAACCUCACCACCGCCUUCAUAGACACCAUGUGCUUCAUGGGUUUGGCCAAGGACCCCAAGAGGGUGUCGAAGGAAAUCAUCGUUGCGCGCAUGAAGCGAACGGGCGACGGCAGCAACAAAAGUGGCUGAGUCCCACUAGCUGCCAACUCUGCAGCUGAUACCUAUGUGUCGAACCAAGACGGAACGUAGCGACAGAUAUAGCAGAAUUUCAGUGGUGGUUAGGGGUGAUUACCAUGCUUCUGAUUAUAAGAUAAACCUCCUCCUGAGACUAAUAUUGGCUUUUGAGAGUUGUAGACUUUCCAUAAAUUGUGUGGGUCUCCUUUUAAGUUUUGAAGUGUCCUCACCAACUAUUAGUCACAGCCAGUGACGUGGCUACAUGUGCAAGCACAGCUUUUCACCAUAAUAUAUAAAACAGGCACAAAGAGAAUUGAAUAAAGGCUAAUUGGGAUUUAAAAUCUCUUUUUGGCAGCAGGACAACCAGAAGAAGUCUGUGUGAGCAGUGUGUAAAAGCAGUGAUUACAGAAUAAUUUACUGUAUAUCUUAUUUGUUAAUGUGCUAUUUAUUAAUAGUCUUUGGCACUUUGAAGCUUUAUUGAAACUCUUAACAAUGAGGUUUCUCUACAGGCGAUACUGAGGGCCUUUCGCUCUUAACUUCUGUCAGUACUGCUUCGUCUCACUCCACAUUGAGUGGAGUUCCAUCUUUGUUUUUGUCUGUCGACUAUAAGCUAAGGUUUUCUUUAUUUUAGGGUAAGAUAGUAGUAGUCUUACUAAAUCAUAAGCUGCUGUGUUCAAGGCCAACACCAAGACAGUCAACACUUAAUUGAACUGCCCUUAUUUAUCAUACCUGAGUAACCCCCGGUGAAUACAGUACAGAUGUGUUAUACUUUGGGAUGUUUUCACAUCCACUGUCUUCAACUGUACAAGAGGGGUUCUUAAUGAGGAUAAAGCUCUCUAGUGUGACGCAUCGUAUACCUCUGGUUGAGUAGUGAAGCCGCCUCACACUCAGACUGAAACAUAGGACCAGACAUCUCACUCUUAAUCUGAAAAGAGAUAUAUAUUUACAUUUAUUUUGUAUUCAUUUGAAAUACACUCAGAGUUAAGGUCUCCCUCAGACAAGGCUAAUGAAGGAUUUACCUUUUGUGCUGUGUGAUAUAUAUUAUUGAAACAUGUGUCAGGACUCUUGCCCAAUUGCCUUAGGUGGGUUGCACACCUGAUUUAAAAAAAGAAAAGAAAAAAUGAAUAAAAGUGCAAGUUAUGGAAAUAAAUUAGGGCUUAAAUUAUCUGUCUAAUCACAGGUGUUUGGUGUCUGUCUGUUUUUAAGGAACACUUCAAAAAUUAAAAUCCCUUAUUUGUAAUGAAAAAGAGGGACCAUUCAACAAAUUCCUAACAAACAAAAAAAUGGGUUACUGUGAUUUAACAUUUGUGUAACCAAACAUUUUGCUCUAAAACAAGAUCCAAAACUUGUUAUAUCAUUAAUGAUAAUGAUGUGAUAUUUGUCACACUUCCUCUUAUAAAGAGCAAGCAACACUUUUUUUACAGUGUUAACUUCUUGAAGUUUGAAUGCCUUAAAGAUGGCACAUUUUUUUCAAAGAAUGUUUUUGCCCACUGUAUGUACCGUAAAUAAACCAAAUUUUCUACUUGUGACAAAAAAUAUGUUUUGCUGUUUUUGUUGAAAUUCUGUAAUAUUCCUUAUUAGUAUACUGAAUAAAAAAAUACGAUCAUA